UCGACACAGAGGCGCCUGUGAGCGAGUCUUCUUCCCAGACCGACCUGCUCUUUCCAACAGUUCCAGCGACCUCGGCGAAUGUUGCAGAUCUCGGAGUUAGCAGAGAAUUGGUUCUUAUUCCACACGCCUGCCUGAAUGAUUGAUGAUGAUGAGGACAGCAUAAUGUCUGGGCACUGGAAUGCCUCUGAAAACUACCCGUUGAACCCAGCCAGCAUCAUAGUGCCCGUCGUCUUCUCCUUGAUCUUCUUGCUCGGGACGAUUGGGAACAGCUUGGUACUAGCAGUGCUGUGCAGGAAUGGCCAGAUGGGCCACAACACAACCAACCUGUUCAUUCUAAACCUGAGUGUGGCCGAUUUCUUCUUCAUCAUAUUUUGUGUCCCAUUUCAAGCCACAAUCUACACGCUGGAGGGCUGGGUCUUUGGGUCAUUCAUGUGCAAGGCCGUCCAUUUCUUCAUCUACCUGGCAAUGUAUGCAAGCAGCUUCACGCUCGCCGCCGUUUCAGUUGACAGAUACCUGGCCAUCAGAUAUCCCCUCCGGUCGCGGGAACUGAGGACUCCCUGCAAUGCUCUUACUGUUAUGGUCGUCAUAUGGGGGCUCUCCAUCAUCUUUGCUGGCCCUUACCUCAGCUACUAUGACCUCAUCCCUUAUGAAUGGUUUUACAUCUGCAUGCCGGCAUGGCAGGAGCCAAGGAGGAAGAUCAUGGACACGUCCACUUUCAUAUUUGGAUAUAUAGUCCCUGUUGCAAUUAUAAGUCUGUCUUAUGCAAGGACCAUCAAGUAUCUGUGGACAGCAGUGGACCCGAUAGAAGACAUAUCUGAGUCUAAAAAAGCUAAGAGAAAAGUGACCAAGAUGAUUAUAAUUGUGACGGUUCUCUUCUGUCUCUGUUGGCUCCCUCACCAUGUGCUGAUCCUGUGCUUCCACUAUGGACAUUUCCCCUUCAACCAAGCCACUUACGCUUUAAGGCUGCUCUCCCACUGCAUGGCAUACACCAACUCUUGCCUCAACCCCAUUGUCUAUGCCCUGGUGUCCAAGCACUUCAGGAAAGGGUUCAAGAAGGUUUUUAGCUGCCUGCUGAGCAAGAAAGGGGUGAAUAAGGUUCACAUGGUUCAUGUCGUCAACAUGGUCACUGGGUCCACGGACGUCUCACACCUGAAUGAUGAGAACGCCAGGCAGCACGGCUGUGAGCUGAGGGACAGGCAGCCCACGAGAGCCCAGGGUAAAGCCAUGACCAUCACUGUGCCCUAUCAGCAGACAUCUUGAAUGGAGCAAAGCACCGCGACUGAACUCAUUUGUUUUUGCUUCUCCGUGAAUUCUGUGUACUCAACUUUAUUGUGUAGAGUAUAAGUGUUCCAACUUGGCCCUUGUGUAAGUUAUCGUUGUGGACAAAUAUUGAUUUGGGAUGAGAGUGAAGCAUUCAUUCAUUUGUUGGAUGUGUCACAGUAAAUCACCAGCGAUUUCUUCUGAGGGCCCAUCCAAA